AUGGCGGAAAUGAAGAUUGAUAGGCUUCAUUUCAACAAUCCCUCCUUCAGAUCUUUCAAUCUCGAAAUCACUGGCACCAUUAACUCGGAGUUCGGCAUCGGCUGGGUUAGCUAUGUGACGGUCUCCCUCUUGUAUCAGCGACGCGUCAUCGGUGCAAAGACCAUUCAAGAUAUGCAUGUCACUCUUGACGAGAAAAACGAAGCAACUAUAAAACUUGAGGGCUUUUAUAUUCAGAGUAUGGUUAGGUUCAAAGCUUUCGCCCUGAAGUUGAUUCCUCAACUAAAGGCCAACAGUCAGAAGAGAAAACAAGCGCCUAUUAUGGCUGCACUGGACACUGAUGAUGACGGUCAUGAGCUCUUUAUCUCCAUUGAGUUGAGCCAUAUGUUGGAGGCCACCAUCUUGAAUCCAACCGUCCAGUUGAUCGAGAAGAAAGUCAGAAUUUGCUUCAAACUAUCGAGCUGCAAUCCGGUUGACCUCGCCUUUGGAUGGUGCCGAUUUCAGCUGAAGAAAGACAAAACGAUUCUGGCUUUAUUGGAUGGCCAUUUUGACAUUGUGCCUGACAAAUGCGAGAUUGUCAUGGAAGGAGAUCUUGAGAUCCCCAACACUGUGCUUUCUGGUAAAGCGGUUUUGAAAGCAGUCAAGACGUAUGACAACAAGAAGUCUUGGCUUUCUCUUCUCAUCCAAGCAUUUGAGAUUGAAGUCAACCUAGAUAAGGUGGUCAUUGGAAAAGGCCAAGGUGAUGAAGACGAGGAGGAUGAAGGCAAUGGAGUCGAUGAGGGCAACAAAGGCGACGAUGGCGAUAAAGCCUAUGUACCCGACGGAGGCGAGAGCGACGGUGGCCCAGUAACCCGACGGACGCGAGCGACACGGUGA